GCAUGUUUCAUCAUCAGAUGCGAUUAUUCAUGCGUUGGACCGUGUUAUUCUUGUUUCAUCUUUUAUAGUGUCAAUAUUGAUGCUGCACCUAUAAUUGUUCCUUUCAUUUUAGGACAAAGCACUUGAAGAGGUUAAAAACAAACAAGCUGAAACUGAAGGUCCACUUUCAAGUGAGCAGAAAAACAAUAUUUUCCAGACCGCUUGCAAAGACACUCUGGAAUGCAAGUCAUCGCAGCCUCGUGGGUACGGAUACAUGGCCAAAACUUCAACUAGUUCUGAAAAGUUCCGUAUCCAGAUUGAAGAGCAAGCUCGUGCUACAGCAGCCACCCAGGAGCGAAACUCUCAGCUCAGCCAGCAGGUCAAUGACUUAGAAGAUCAACUACAAGCUGAACGUGCUAACACACAAGAGAGGAUUAACUUGGAGCGUGCUGAGAGAGAACAACUUGAGGAGAGGUUAAAAGAAGAGCGUGCUGAAAGGGAAAGAUUGUUGCAAGAGGAGCGAACAUCAAGGCUGGAAUUGGAAAAAAACAUGAUGGCAAAGUUUGUAGAAUUGAGCAAACAGAUGGGAACCCAACAGGUGCCUACGAAGAGGGUUGACAAAGAAAAUAGUAAUCCAAACUUGCAAAAUAUUCUUUCACAGACAUCUAGUCCUAAUAAGACUCCAGGUUCAAGGCCGACUGCUAUUUCUUCAAAUGCGCUCAUACAAGCUGCAACAAGGCAAUCUCGAAUGUUUAAAGCAAUGGAUCCAAAGAACUAGCUGGACUGGACUCUAGAUCACGGGCAGUUUAGUCUUCGAAGUUAAUUAGGAUGGCUAAAUUACAUUUCAGUUUUAUUUGAUGGAUAUUUUCUAUCAGAAUUAUGAAUUGUAUGAAUCUACAUAUUAUACGUAUGGUUUUGAAUAUUGUAAUUGAAAGCUUGUAUUUUUUUACGGUUGCAAUAGACUAUUACCACAACCCA